AUGGUCGGCAUGGCCUCAUCUGCCAUCGCAGCGGCCUGGACAGCUACUUACGCAUUCUCGCACAGGCGAAAAGAGCUCAGAGAUUGCCACGACUCAUUGCUGCAGCAGUUACUACUGCUCCCAGCUGUCAGUAAAUGUCUGCCGUCAUCAACUCACGGCCUACAUCUUCGGCAAGUGCCAAUAGCAUUGGCGAAGAGGCACGGCCAGCUUUGCUUCACAAAAUCGAAGGUCAUGUGGCUCGAAUAA